CUCGCGCUUGUUAGAACUGAAUCGUUGGCUCCAGUGAGCAGGAUUUCACGGCACGAGACAGGAUUAUCCGAAAGUUACGUGAUUGAUGUGUUGCCUAGAUUUUAGGCUAAGUGCUAGUUGAUAGACACACGUGUGUGCAAUACAGAACCGAAACCGAAAUUGAAAUCUGCCGAGUGAACUGGCUGAGUUGCAGCCGCUUCUCUCAAGUAGAGCUUGAAGAAUAAACCUGCAUUUUUGUUUCAACGAAACUUAGAAACAAAAUGGAAGAAAAGGACACACAGGGUAAUAAUGUGGUUGAUGGAAGUCCCAGUGUGCCGGUAAUUCAGUUUAAACCUCCAUUGUACAGACAGCGAUACCAGUUCGUUAAAGAUUUAGUGGAUCUACACGAACCCAAGAAGGUUGCAGACCUGGGAUGUGGUGAUACUUCACUCAUAAGGCAGUUAAAAGUGUUUCCAUGCAUUGAACUGCUUAUUGGAGUAGACAUCGAUGGGGAUAAAUUACGAUGGAAGGGGGAAAAAUUGGCUCCCUUCCUGGGGCAUUUUCUGCAACCCCGGGAACUGAAUUUGACUAUUACCCUGUAUUGCGGCUCUGUUGUGGAGAGAGACUCUCGUUUGCUUGGAUUAGACUUGAUAACCUGUAUCGAAUUAAUAGAACAUUUGGAUUCAGACGAUCUGGCCAGAUUUCCUGAAGUGGUGUUUGGGUACCUCUCUCCAUCCAUGGUUGUCAUCAGCACACCAAACUGUGAAUUCAAUCCCUUGUUUCCAGUGGUGACCUUAAGAGAUUCAGAUCAUAAAUUUGAGUGGACCAGAAUGGAAUUUCAGAACUGGGCUUUACAUGCAGCAAAUCUCUAUAAUUACUCUGUGGAGUUCACUGGCGUGGGAGCACCACCAGCUGGCGCUGAGAGUGUUGGAUUCUGUACACAGAUCGGCAUCUUCCGGAAAAACGGCGGAAAGGCAGCUGAAUUGUGUGUUUCGGAACAGCAUACUUACAAAGUUGUUUUUACGGCCUCAUACCCAAGUUUACAGCAAGAAAGGUUCCUCAGACUCGUCAUGGUCAGUGAAGUGUCCCGACAAGUGGAAAGCUUGAGAGUGAGGUAUCUGCGGAGGCUGAAAGAACAGAGGGACAGGGAACUGGGUAAUGAGCCAACAGACACUGGCCCAGAGGCCCCUGUGCUAUGCUUUGGACCAGCCUUCACAGAGGUUGAAAGAGACAGGAUAAAGAAGUCUCCUAAACCUUUCUGUGUUGGAAAUAAGUUCUUUGUGCCCCUAAAAAGACUCCUUGCGUAUCCCAAGUUGAACCGCUUAUGCAUUAGCGAAGAAAGGAUGAGAUCGGUCAUUGCCAGCUCGCUGAUCUUGAGCUGCGAUGGCUCUGCAGUGGUGGUUGAGCUGUAUGAUUAUUUUGAUCAUCUGUUUGAUUCUUGAGCCAUCCUUAUUUCCUGAAACUCAGGAUCUGUGAUAUAGUUGGGCUGACUUAGAAUUUCAUUUAAACUUUUUCUGUAGUUAGAACUCAUUUAAUGUUAAGUUUGAACAGCAGUGUCUACAUUUCAAGUUGGUGGACAAUUCUGCGUGGUAUAUAGCCAGAUUGUGGUAAACCCUGAGAAAGAGAUCAGGGUCGAACAGUGGUGUGUUUUCUUUUGAAACUGGACAUUUUCCCUUAUGUUUUCUUAAGAAUAAAGUACUUGGCUG